CGGGGAGGCAGGGCUUAAAGCCUGGAGGAAAGAUUUGUUUGGCUGCCUGAAAAACUAUUAAAUAACUUUGUUGAGUCACUUGGCUCGAGUGGACCCCGAGUUUAAAAAGUGUCCCGGCCUGGAAGGAGACCAGUGGCGCGCUGGUGUUCAUCCAAAACGCGCACGGUGAUGGAUUAGUGCGCACCGGGACUGUUCCCAAACGCUGUUCCUCAGCAGAUGUCCCUGAGGUGACAGCAGCUCGUAACCUCAGCACAACAAACCAUGGCGAGCGGGAACGAGACAGUUGUUUACUUCUCCGAGCAGGUGGUCGUGCUGUGCUCGUGCGCGCUCUCCUUCCUGGGCUCGUCCCUGAUCAUCCUCACCUACGUCCUGUGGGCAGAUUUACGCACCACUCCCCGGAGGCUGCUGGUCUUCCUCUCCGUGGCGGACUGGCUCUCCGCCGUCUCCUACGCCUUCGGAGUGUGGAGCGUUUUCCGCAGCGACUCGCCGGAAUGCGUCGUGCAAGGAGCCGUGUCCACCUUCGCCAACACCAGCUCCUUCUUCUGGACCGUGGCCAUCGCCGUCUACCUGUACGUGUUCAUCGUCCGGUCCAGUCAGAGGGUCGCGGACAGCCUGGUGCUCAUCUUCCACCUGGUCAGCUGGGGCGUUCCUCUGAUCAUCACCGUUGCAGCCGUGAGCCUGAAUAAGAUCGGCUAUGACGCGUCCGAGGUGUCGGUGGGCUGGUGCUGGGUCAGUAUCCACGCCCCGGACCGGGUCCUGUGGAUGCUGCUGACGGGAAAGAUCUGGGAGUUCCUGGCCUACCUCACCCUCCCUGUCCUCUACAUCCUGAUCAAGAGGCACAUCCACAUUGCGCACACUGCCCUGUCAGAGUACCGUCCCAUAUUGGCCACCAGGCCUCCAUCCCACUCCUUCUCCUCCAUGGCUGACACGAAGCUGACGCUCAUCCCUGUUAUCUUCAUCGUGCUGAGGAUCUGGAGCACCGUGCGCUUCAUACUGCUGCUGGCGGACUCUCCAGCCAGGCAGAGCCCAGUGCUGGUCACUCUUCAUGGAAUUGGCAACACGUCGCAGGGAGCAGCCAACUGCAUCAUGUUUGUGUUGUUUACUCGACCAAUCCGCACACGCCUGUGCUCUGCGCUCUGCUGCUGCUCCUCCAGGUGUCGAGCGUGGUCGAAGCGCUCAGAGGACCCCUCUCACACGCUGCUGCCAGACCAGGAGGCCUCCACAUAGAGAGAGGAGGUUGACACCAGCAAAGCCGGGAGUCAAAGAUGAUACUUGAUGAUCCUGUGGAGUAGAGGACGGACACAGGUUGAUAUAAAGGAAGUGAUGGGUGGCCUCGUCCUCGCUUCACACUGAAACUCAUUAAAAACAGGAGCCUGCAGAGCGGGUGGGGGAUUCUGCAGGUGCACGCACACGUGUGUCACAUGGCUGCACUUUGGGUGAUUAGGCUGAGGCUGAUGUGAUGACUCUGCACCAGCACCAGCAUUUUUGUGUUCAUCAUCCAGAUUCUUUUUGUGCUGUAGCUUCACAGACGUACUGUACAUCAAAGUUUUUCUUUGUUUAUUUUGUUCUUUUUGCAUAUUUGGAAAAAUGCACACAUGACUGAGGAUUCAGCUAUUGUGUUUAUGGAGGAAAUUACAUUUUAGAGACAAUGAAAGAAAAUAAACCAAAGCAUUAUCAGUUAAUGUGAUUGACAUACUGUAAA